GAAACCCACGCUCUACGGCAGCCUGACGCGGCGCGGGCUCAGCGCCGAGGGGCUCCCCGACAUCGCCGCCUCCGAGGGCUUCGUGGUCAGCAGCGUCACCAAGAAAAGCAUUCUUGUUUCUUGUCCGCAUGAAAAUGUGUCCACGAAGUUCUUGGCGCCGUACACGACCUUUAGCAGGAUUCAUCAGAAGAGCAUCACGUGCCUUGAUAUUUCCAGCGGCGGAGGGCUCGGGGUGUCCACCAGCACGGACGGCACCAUGAAAAUCUGGCAGGCUGCAAACGGAGAAAUAAGGAGACUUUUGGAAGGCCAUGUGUAUGAUGUGAAUUGUUGCAGGUUUUUCCCAUCGGGCCUCGUGGUUCUCAGCGGGGGAAUGGACGCCCAGCUAAAGAUCUGGUCGGCAGAAGAUGCCAGCUGUGUGGUCACCUUCAAAGGUCACAAAGGAGGUAUUUUGGACACGGCCAUCGUGGACCGGGGCAGGAACGUCCUCUCCUGCUCCAGGGAUGGCACCGCGCGCCUCUGGGACUGCGGCAAGUCGGCCUGUCUGGGCGUCAUCGCCGACUGCGGCGCUGCCCUCAACGGCGUCGCCGUGGGCGCUGCCGCCGGCUCCCUCAACCUGGGCACGCCGGAAAACGCUCCCAGUGAACGGGAGGUCGGGACGGAAGGGAAGAUCCUGCUGUUGGCCCGCGAGGACAAGAAGCUCCAGGGAGUGGGACUGCAGAGCAGGCAGCCGGUGUUUCUCUUUGUUGGAUCCGAUGCGUUCAACUGCUGCACGUUCCUCUCGAGUACCUAUGUCCUGGCUGGGACUCAGGAUGGGAACAUCUAUCAGCUGGACAUGAGAAACACAAAUGCUCCAAUCCAGGUCAUUCACAGAUCCGGGGCACCGGUGCUUUCCCUGCUCCCUUACCAAGAUGGAUUUAUUGCCAGCCAAGGUGACGGAACCUGCUUCCUCGUCCAGCAAGACCUCGACUACGUCGUGGAUCUCACCGAAGCCGACUGCGACCCCGUGUACAAGGUGGCUUCCUGGGAAAAGCAGAUUUACACGUGCUGCCGCGACGGCGUCGUGAGGAGGUACCAACUCUCCGACCUUUAAAAACCUGGAUCGGCCGAAUAUC